AUGGGGGACCAGAGCUCUCUGCAGCGCGUUGAGGAUGCGCCGUUUCCGUUGACCGAGGUGGACAAGUGGGUGCUUUCGCAGACGGAUGAGGAGUUUAAGCUUCACGACUGGGAGGGCCUCAGGCACAUCAUCGAGACAAAUGACCUCGGUGCCUUGAAGAGAAAGCCCUCGGAUCUCCGCCGCUACAUGGCCUGGACCGCAGAGAUCAAAGCGCAGUACGGCAGCAUGACCCAGUACAUCCUCCAGCACCGUCUACCCAAGGCUUGGGGCCAGCCGCCGUUCACGCCCGAGUCCGAGAUACCCUUUGCCGCCGCCUCCGACUACAAGGUCCUGCUCAACGAUUGGCCGUAUGGAUUGGCGCCGGGAAUCACGCACAUCGUCGUCUGGUCUCGCACGCAGAUCCCAACCGACCCCGACUCGGGCGACCUGACGCCCGAGAGCAGGGCGCAGGUGGAGAGGUUCGUCAAGGAGUACUUUGUCGAUGCGCUCGGGCCGGGAGGGGAGGAUAAGGUGCUCUGGUUUAAGAACUGGGUCGCCCUGCAGAGCGUGCGGACUCUGGAGCAUUUCCAUGUCAUGGUUCGUGAUGUCGGCGAUGAUGUGCUGGAGCGGUGGACGGGAGAGCGGCCUCGACGGGACGCAAAGUGA